GAACACGAAGAAGUAGUAGACGAAGAAGAGGAGGAGGAGGAGGAAGUCAUGUAUGACCCAAACAAACGCCUUCAAAGACAUGUGAGGGACAAAUAUUAGUAAUAUAACGAGUAUUAAAACGUCCCGUGUUGUCGUCUUGCUGUCGCCUAUCGAAAUACAGUGUCAGUAACGUCGUAUACACUCACGGAGCUGUGUUGCCACCCAGCUAGCUAACGUUAGCUAACGUUAGCUCGGCCAAUGUAAAAGUUAUGAUGCCGCUGGCUCUGAGAUGUUUUCGGUGUCUGACAGCGGUCAGAAACAGGCGGGUUAGACUCCAGCUCAACACAGCCGUCACUAGAUGCUGCUCCACGGUUCAGGGUGAAGUGAGGGUCAGGUUUGCACCCAGUCCCACAGGCUUCUUACACCUCGGUGGCCUCCGAACUGCUCUGUACAAUUACAUCUUUGCCAAGAAGUAUGGAGGCUCAUUUGUCCUGCGACUGGAGGACACUGAUCAGAGCAGGCUGGUACCAGGAGCUGCAGAGUCCAUAGAGGACAUGUUGGAGUGGGCCGGUGUACCUCCAGAUGAGAGUCCUCGUCGAGGAGGCCCGAUGGGUCCGUACCUGCAGUCUCAGAGACUGGACCUGUACAGUCAGACGGCCCAGCAGCUUGUGGAGAGUGAUCACGCCUACUACUGUUUCUGCAGCUCUCAGAGACUCGAUCUGCUCAAAAAAGAGGCCUUACGGACUGGUCAGACACCCAGGUAUGACAACAGGUGUCGUCACCUUCGGGCCGAGCAGGUCAAGGAGAAACUGGCUCAGGGAGUGCCGCAUGUGAUUAGGUUUCAUCUGGAAGCAGGUGUCGAGCCUUUUCACGAUCUGAUCUUUGGACGGUAUCAUCAUGAGGUGGCACAGGUGGAGGGGGAUCCUGUAGUGAUCAAAGCAGAUGGUUUUCCCACCUAUCACCUUGCCAACAUCGUAGAUGAUCAUUACAUGAGGAUCAGCCAUGUGCUGCGGGGGUCUGAGUGGCUCAUCUCCACCUCCAAACAUCUCCUCAUGUACCGUGCUCUUGGAUGGCAGCCGCCCACUUUUGGACAUCUGCCACUUCUGAUGAACAAAGACGGCAGCAAGCUGUCCAAGAGGCAGGGGGAUAUAUUCAUUCAAAGCUUCCAGAGAAAUGGAGUCCUGCCCGAGGCUCUGCUGGACAUCACAACCAACUGUGGGUCUGGAUUCAACACCAAUCGAAUUGGGCGCAGGAUAGAUGAACUGAUCUCUGAGUUUAAUCCGUCGAAGAUCACAACACAUUCGGCUCUGUUAGACCUGGAAAAACUACCAGAGUUCAACAGAAUUCACCUGCAACGUCGUAUUGAAGAUGAGGAGCAGUGCCAUUUGCUGAUAAAGGAUCUGCAGGGACAGAUCCAGCAGGCCUGUACAGCUGAGAUCCAGGACAAAGUGCUACACGAGGAUUAUAUCCGGCGGGUGCUUCAUCAUCGUAAGGGCCACAUAACCUCCCUGAAGGAGCUGUCAAGUCCUGCUUACUCUUACCUGUGGGUGCGUCCUUCCUUCUCCAGCCAGCAGGUGGCAGAACUCACUGCAGAGGCACAGCACAUCGCUUCAUUAGUGCUGAAAUUAAUAGCUGAGCAAGGUGAAGAGCUGAAAAUGGAUCAACUCAGUAAAGAUCUGAAGACCCUGGCUAAGCAGGCUAAAGCCACCAAGUACAGAGAAGUGAUGAAGCUGUUACGCCUGGUUCUCAGUGGUCUGCAGCAAGGACCCAGUGUAGCUGAGAUGAUGGUGUGUUUGGGGCCUGCAGAGAUCAGCCAUCGAUUCCAGAAACUUCUGCUGCUUUCAGAGACAAAUUAAAGACUGGACAGCGUGUCAGAUCACAGAUCAAUAGGAACAUGAUGAAGAUAAGCUGCUGUUUAAGACAUGUAUGUUGACAGUUACAUGCAACCACCUGGCGAUUCUGCCAAAACGAUCUGGGACACAUUUAACGUGAUCUGCACCCAACUGAUAUAAUUUAAACAAUACCUGAAUUAUUGUAACAUUUUUUAUAAAAGAGAUGAAAACAGAU